AUGCAGAGGAAUUUUCGCCCGUGUACAGCCUGGCAAGGAGUUUUGAAGACGUCUAAGGAGUUGGUUCUCUCUCAGGCGAGGGACGGUGAACCAGUUGCUGGAGAAUCCAUUUUCUGGCCAGCAGAAGGGUUGCCCAGAGCGGCGGUCCCCUUUGCUUCAGGCCACGCGGCCAUGCGGCCACUCUACGAUCUCGAUGUCCAAGUGGAGUCCGGACAUGUGGCGCCAAAUGGAAAGCAAUCAUGUGGACUCCAAAGUGGGUUCUCCUCACUCGUGGACUCCUGUGGAUGUUUGCUUUGUUUCGCUGCGGCAACUGCCUAUGCAUGCGAACUUUUGAAGACAACUAAGAGAUACUAA